GAGCAGCAUAGAGAGGAAGUGUUUGAACACAGGAUGCUUUUCUUCUUCUUCUUCUUCUUCCUCUUCUUCAUCUGCUAUUCUGUACAUCUUCACUUCAUCAAAACACUUCGAACCCCAUACUUUCUGCAUCAUUGCAAUAACAUUCAACUCCAGCUCCAAAAAAGCUUCAAUUCACCACAGCAACUCAAUCAUUUGCCACCUUAACGCUGCCAUACUCCCACUUGGAGACCGUCAUCUCAGAGCUGUGCAGCUUCCGCCUGAGAACCAGGUCGCCCUCGCAUCGAAAUGAGCGUGCAAGUAGGCAUGAGUUUGACAUUCGACAUCAAGGGAGCCAAGCGCUCGAAUCAAGAUGAACCAGCAACAUUGGAGGUUGCUCACGAAGGUGCGAACACUGUGUCAGAUCUCACCUAUCUUGAACAAGAGGCUUGGACAUGGGACAAUCUUCCCGAGAUCCUGUAUCAGCUCAAUCCUAUCGGUCCCAAGAGUAAGGUCAAGGUUGGAAUGAAGACCUAUCCCAUUGACGGGAAGUUCCUGAGAGACAUCCCAGUCCUUCCUGAUCACAUCCCUGUGGACGUCGAGGAGUUCCGCGUGGAAGCUUGGAUCAGACUCGACCGCCGCAUUCGACUUGAAGACAUCUUAGACAGGAUGCCCAAGGGCCAUAGUGUCAAGCCCAACGCCCUUCAGCAGAGAAGCGGCAGAUUCCGUCAAGCCUUUUCCCUGCGUGCUUGGGACUCCGGCAACAAGAAGAGCGUUGCUCUCGGCACUGAGCUGGAGCAGAAGUUGGUCACUGCGGGCAUCGACCUCAACCUCAACUCCACUCGUGGGCUUACCCCUGGCCUGAUCAACCCGGUUUUGGGAGAGGCAGGCGGCAGAAUUCCACUUCCAGCACUGUACCAGUGCAAGAAACUGUCGAAGAACAUCCCUAAAGUCUCGAAGAAGAAUAAGAUAAGCACUAGAAAGAACAUUACCUCGAACCUCUCGAAUUCGACGAUUACCAAAGCUGAGCAAGCUCCUGAGCAAGCUCCCGAGCACCUUGACGAGGAGUACUUAGGCGGCAGCGGUGAGUUUGUCCCUGAUCAACUGUCAUUUCAGCACUUUGAUUCUCAAGUCAUCCAGCAACUAUGCCACCCGUACCAGACCGAGCCUAUGGAAUAUGAACCUCUGGACUGGACCAACACGGAGGAGUUCUUCGCCUCUCAUGGCAUGCCUCUGUAUGAGGACGAAAAGAAGGCACUCCGUGCCAGAUGGGAACCACUUCCUGAGGGUGUUACAUUGAUUGCAGAUGCACAACUUCCAGUCAUGGUCGACAAUGAGGACUGGACUUGGGGUUUUAAUACCCUCAAGGUCGAGUCGAAGCCUGCAAUUACAGACGAUCUUUAUGACAAGAUAAUGCAAGACUAUCAUGACCGUGAGCUCUGGCGGCUGGAUACACUGUACUCGGUGAAAAUCCAUCCUGAAGUUGUUACUGGAUUCCAGCAAGCCAACAUGUCUAACGAAAACUGUAAGGCAGUGGCUGAACUGCAAGUGUAUCAUCAGCCAACCAUCUCAGCUCAAAAGUUUGAUGCUUCGACAGACGACUAA